UCGAGAAUAUAUACGGUUGUUCGUUCAGAGAAAUAACUUGCAUCAGCGUUACCUAUGCUUCCUAUGGGAACUCCACAGUUUUACACAGCAAAAACACUCUCGGCACAUGAGUACAGUAAACCGCUUUGUACUUUCCAGACUUCCUUUUUGAAUUUAUCUUCGGACUCGCCGGUUUUGGUUCCUCUAAACUCUAAGCCACUCCUUUUUUGUUCCUUUCCUAAAGCUAAUAACUCACGUCACGAAUUCUCACCUUCAUAACUUACGUUUUUAGUUUAUGCAGAGGAGCUGGUAUAGGAGAGGGAACCAGAGAAAAUGCGACGUCUGCUAGCCUUCGUGCGUCUUUUUGCCGUAGGUGUGAGUGUAGCUUUGUCAACGGCAGCCUUUGGUUCACCGGUAAACAACAGGCCGAUUAUUGGGAUUUUGACUCAGGAAGUAUCGAAUAAGGACAUGGCGAAAUUGGGAAAGACUUACAUACCUGCUUCCUAUGUGAAGUACGUGGAAUCGGGGGGAAGCAGAGUGAUGCCCAUCAGGUUGAAUCAGAGCUUAGCUGAAUAUGAGAAGAUCUUCAAAUCAAUUAAUGGAAUGCUGUUCAUCGGCGGAUCAGUGAACCUGGAGACCUCGGACUACGCCAGAGCUGCUCGGGCUUUUUACAGGCUGGCGUUAGAGGCCAAUGAUGCGGGAGACUACUUCCCCGUAUGGGGUACGUGCAUGGGGUUCCAGCUCCUGACUGUGCUCGUCGCGGGACAUAAUCUGCUGAGCAACACAACCGCGGAGAAUUUGGCCCUGCCCCUCAACCUGACAACCGAGGCUCCAUCCAGUCGCAUGUUUGAAGGUUUUUCAGCUGAGCUGCUGACGGCUUUGUCCCAAGAAAAUAUAACGGGGAAUUUCCAUCACUAUGGCGUCACUGAGAAGGAUUUCAGAGGAAAUGAGAAACUGGAGACGUUCUUUUCCAUCCUAUCCACAAACGUAGCAGAAAAUGGUGCUGAGUUUGUUUCAACUAUGGAAGGAAGGAAAUACCCAUUCUAUGGGGUACAGUGGCACCCUGAAGUAAAUCGAUUUCAGUGGGACCCCAAACUGCAGUUCCCCCACUCCAAGAAUGCUGUUCGAGUGUCAUCUUUACUUGCUGAAUUUUUUGUCAAUGAAGCCAGGAAAAGUUUGCACCACUUCAUCAAACGCAAGGAAGAGACGGCAGCCCUCAUAUACAAUUACACCCCUGUCUACGUUGGAAAUUUCACUGGGUAUGAGCAGUGUUACUUCUUCUGAAGUGCUGACCCUGCUCUCCUAUCUGUCCUCCGCUGGAACUGUUUUUCUUUUACCUCUGGGGGGAACAGUCAUGUGGAGCGCACCAAGGUGUUCCAGCUAUGAAAAUUCACCUCAAAGGAAAAGGCUGAUAGACUCGUUUUUGAAGACGCAACCAGGCGCGUGCAGUAGUAGGGCCCAACUGUGGCUCGAGGACCU